AUGAUUGCGUCACAGCUUCUCUCUGCUCUCACUUUUGUGCUUCUCCUGUUCAAAGAGAGCAGAGCCUGGUCUUACAACGCCUCCAGGGAGCUCCUGACUUUCGACGAGGCCAGCGCUUACUGCCAGCAAAGGUACACCCACCUGGUUGCGAUUCAAAACCAGGAGGAGAUCCGGCACCUGAACUCCAUAUUCCGCCACGCCCCCACUUACUACUGGAUCGGGAUCAGGAAGGUCAACCACCGGUGGGUGUGGAUAGGAACCCAGAAGCCUCUGACCGAGGAAGCCAAGAACUGGGCUCCCGGCGAACCGAACAACAAGGACGCCAACGAGGACUGCGUGGAGAUCUACAUCAAGAGGGACAAGGACACGGGCAUGUGGAACGACGAGAGGUGCAGCAAGCGGAAGCUCGCCUUGUGCUACACGGCGGCCUGUACCCACGCAUCCUGCAGCGGCCACGGGGAGUGCGUGGAGACCAUCAACAACUACACCUGCCAGUGCCACCCCGGCUUCAGUGGGCUCGGGUGUGAGCAAGUUGUGACCUGUCAGGCACAGGAAGCCCCCGAGCACGGAAGUCUGGUCUGCUCCCACCCUUUGGGCAACUUCAGCUACAAUUCUUCCUGCUCUGCCAGCUGUGAGAAGGGCUACGUCCCCAGCAGCUCCAAGCCCACGCGCUGCACUUCCUCUGGGGAGUGGAGCGGCCCUGCUCCAGCCUGCGAAGUGGUUGAGUGUGACGCGUUGACAAAACCCGCCAAUGGGUUCAUGGACUGUGUCCCGCGUCCCGGCCGCUUCACGUGGGACACAACCUGUGCAUUUGACUGUGAGGAAGGGUUUGAGCGAGUGGGGCCCCCGCGCCUCCAGUGCACCUCGUCUGGGAACUGGGAUGGCGAGCAGCCAACGUGCAAAGCUGUGACGUGUGGCGCCAUCGGCCAUCCUCAGAACGGCUCUGUGAGCUGCAGCCACUCCCCCACUGGGAAAUUUACCUAUAAGUCCUCCUGUGCCUUCACCUGUGAGGAGGGCCUCCGGCUGCAGGGCCCAGCCCAGGUGGAAUGCACCGCCCACGGGCAGUGGACUGGACAAGCCCCGGUGUGUGAAGCUUUUCAGUGCAAAGCCUUGCCCCGUCCAGAGAGAGGCCACGUGAAUUGUCUUCCCAGCGCUUCUGGAAGUUUCCAAAGUGGGUCCAGCUGUGAGUUCUCCUGUGAGCAGGGGUUUGUGCUGAAGGGACCUGCAAAGCUCCAGUGUGGCCCCGUGGGGGAGUGGGGCAGCGAGAAGCCCACAUGCGAAGCUGUGACAUGUGAUGCUGUCCGCCAGCCCCAGGGUGGCCUGGUGAGGUGCACCCAUGCCCCUACUGGGAAAUUUACCUACAAGUCCUCCUGUGCCUUCAGCUGUGAGGAAGGUUUCGAACUACGUGGGUCAGCUCACCUUGAGUGCACGUCUCAGGGACAGUGGACACACGAGGUCCCCUCCUGCCAAGUGGUACGAUGUUCCAGCCUGGCAGUUCCUGGGAAGAUGAACAUGAGCUGCAGCGGGGAGCCCGUGUCUGGUGCCGUGUGUGCGUUUGCAUGUCCCGAAGGCUGGACGCUCAAUGGCUCUGCCGCUCUGACGUGCGACGUCACAGGACGCUGGUCAGGGAUGCUGCCUGCCUGCGAAGCCCCCGCCAAGUCCAGUGUCUCCUUGCCAGUUGUACUGUCUGUGGCUGCAACGUCCCUCCUGACAUUAACAUCAUUUCUCUUCUGGCUUCUGAAACGCCUUCGGAGGAAAGCAAAGAAAUUUAUUCCUGCCAGCAGCUGCCAAAGCCUUCACUCAAACGGAUCCUACCAAACGCCGUCAAGUCCGAAGGAGCCAGGAACACAAGUAAAUGAGGGAGUUAGAGAAAUACCCUGAGGACAGCAGAGACAAAGAGCUCCUCUCAGCCUCUGGCCCUGCUCCCCACCUGCAUUUUUACGGCUGGGACCUUGGUGCCCAUGAGACCUUCA